UGUCAGUUAGCUGAUGAUUGCACUGACGAAGGGCGCAUCACAAUUUUUGUGUUCGUUACGAUUGUAAAAAAUUCAUUGAGUGAACGAGCGAUCGCCGCGGUGUGGUGUCAAGAAAAGAAUAAAAACGCCACGACGGGGAACAAAAGAUAAGUGCACUCUCGAGUCGUUGUGGAUUCUGCUACAAAUCAUUGUUACUAGAGUGUUAAUUGGGUGGCAAGUAUUUCGUCGCGUCAGCAGCUACUAACAAGGCGUAUUCUUGCGAUCGGGAUUAGAGAUUUGGAAGGAAGAAAAUUUUCAACCUCUCAGGAAGCUCACAAGAAAUUAAGCUGGUUGAGGCAGAUACGGCGGAGCGUUUAUCAUGGAUAGCAACGGAACCAGUGAAGAAGUGCAGCAACAAUCGGAACAGCCGCAUCCUCCGCUUUUCGAUAACGUGGAUAUCACUUCGCCGGACGAUGAGAACGAGAAUGAUAUCUUCGAGUCGGCUAUUCAGGAACCCCUCUCACCCGUAUUGGAGGAUGUUCCAACCGACGAGGCUGGCGAUGCAUUUAUCGAAAUCGUAGUUUCCGAUCCACAGAAAGUCGGUGAUGGUAUGGGAUCAUACCUUGCCUACAAAGUUUCCACGAAAACCAACAUAUUGAAGUUUAAAAAGCGACAAUUCUUUACGAUGCGACGCUUCAGUGAUUUCCUUGGGUUGCAUGAUCUGCUAGUUAGUAAAUAUCUUCGGCUGGGACGCAUUAUCCCACCGGCACCGGAGAAGAAUAUCAUCGGGACUACCAAGGUCAAAAUGGGCAGUCAACCACAGAGUGACCCAGGUACCGGAGCUAACCUGGAAUGGGUGGAAAACCGCCGGGCUUCGUUAGAGCGUUUCUUGAAUCGCGUAGCGCAGCAUCCAUUCCUGUGCCAGGAUACCGACUUUGUGAAUUUCCUCGAGAGCGACCAGGAACUACCCCGAGCGGUCAAUACUGCUGCGCUGAGUGGAGCCGGUGUCAUGCGACUGUUCAAUAAAGUUGGAGAAACGGUCAACAAAAUUACCUACAAAAUGGAUGAAACCGAUCCGUGGUUCAAUGAUAAAAUUACCGAAGUAGAAAACAUUGAUGCACAUAUGCAAAAGUUGCACUCGGCCAUCAAAGCGCUGGUCGCUCACCGACGGGAACUGGCCACCUUAACGGGAGGCGUAGCGAAAUCUGCCGCCCUGUUGAGUACAUGUGAAGAACACACCGGUCUUUCGCAGGCUCUGUCCCAGUUGGCUGACGUGGAGGAAAAGGUGGAAUUGCUUCGUUCGGAACAAGCCAACUCCGAUUUGUACAUCCUCUGCGAGACCAUUAAGGAUUACAUCGGAUUGUUCGGGGCAAUUAAAGAUGUUUUCCAUGAGCGGGUGAAAGUGUUUCAGAACUGGCAACAUGCCCAGAUGCAGUUGACAAAAAAGCGAGAAAAUAAGGCCAAGUUGGAAUUGCAGGAACGAAGAGACAAAUUGGAUUUCGCCCAGAAAGAAGUGGAGGAGUGGGAGGGAAAGGUGCAACGCUGUCAAAAAGAAUUCGACAACAUUUCCAGUGAAAUCAAGAAAGAGAUGGAACGCUUCGAACUGGCGCGUGCACGGGACUUCAAGUCCACUAUUAUCAAGUAUCUAGAGGAUCAGAUGGCGCAUCAGCAGCAGCAAAUGAAGUACUGGGAGGCGAUUGUGCCAGUGGCAAAGGAGAUUGCCUGAGACGAACUGAACGCAACGAAUACAUUCUGCACUGACGAUGGAACCAACAGGAGAAAGCUAUCAAACACACUGCGUCUCUCGAUUAAUUUAGCGGACGCCAACGCUAGAAUUUCAUAAAGUGCUCUAUUGUUCUUGUAAAUUUGCACUUUCAUACUUUCAACAAAAACAAAAAUGGGCAGAGCAAGUCAAACGUAAAUCUGAAGCUAACUUUGUAAGAACAUAGUCGACGAAGCUGUGGCGGAGCGUUAAUACUUCUUUCUAAGCUUCAUUACUAUAAGUAAACUUAUUAUUCUAUAACAUAGUGGAUUAUUAACAUAUUUUCGGAUAGCGGAACUCGAUAUAAGCCAAAAUGACCAAUGUUUUCUCUUUAUUGAAAUCGCAAUUUUUGUUCUUUAUUGUACAUAACUUAUCUUGAUUCUCGAAUUGCUCUGAGCCCGCUUAUGUCUGCAGGACAUAUCAAGCAUACUGCUGAUAUAAUCGUCUCGAGAUUCAGAAUGUACAUAUAAAUGUACCGAUAAAACGCGAUAAUUGUUCAUCAUGCUAACAUAUUACAAAACUGAUAAAUUGAUGAAUAUUGAAGAACUCCAAUGAAAAGUUAUUUAUUGACUUCUUUUCUGUCUCUAGAUUGGUAUUAUUUGAAACUGCAUGCAUCCUUUAUAAUUAUUACGAAGAACAUUGAAUAGAUUUUCUACGCAUAACGGAUUUUUGUAUCUCUUCCUAAACACUCAAAAUAAACAGAGUCCCGUCAUAUUGAACGAGAAUGAACCAGUAAUAGGUUCCGUAAAGACAAAUUGGUAUAAAACAAGCUAUGCAUCUGCGAAAUAGUAGAUAUUCCCGGUUACAAAACUUCUUAUGCUUGCAUUUAUGAUCUCGAUCUGCAUUAGGGAUUAUUUUCAGCACUAUAGGAAAUGGCCUGAAGAGUUUCAAAUUUUUUUGAUUUUAUUUUAUAGUUGUAAAACUAUACUUUCGUUUAUCAGCACUAGCCUGGUCAUUAUUAAUUCAUAUCGAGCCAAAGUUUGCAAUGAAACACGGUACCUUCAGCUGAAAAAACGUGUGUAAGCACUAAACAAUCAAAUCAAACCUCAACGCCAUCAGUGUUGACAUUGCCAUAUUGUCAUCACGAUGGCGCUAGUAUACUUUUCCGCUCGAGACAACAUUAAACUGCGGAAGUGAGUGCUGCUGUACUGUUCUCUUUGAUGUAUGCUUUCCUUUAUCAUCCAUCUACAUUUUUAUCGCUUUUUUCACAAAGUUCAAUUAAAAUCAGUUUUAGUAUUUUGGCAAGUUCAAUCGAUAUAUUGCGUCUAGUAUGAAAAUCAGUGUUAAUCCGGAACGCAUAAUUAUCGAUUUGGUCUAUACGUAUUCAAAAGCGAAAGUGAAACAUUCAUCAAAUUUGGGUUUAUCAAAAGUAACUUUAUUUCUGAACGCAUCAAGAGUUCUGAGCUUGAGCACAAGGAAAGCAUCCUAUUACGAACAGAUAUUUGAAUAGGGUAAAAUGCCCAAUAGUGGACUCCUACAAGUUUUUUUUUCCAAAACACUGAAUGUUGGGUUUACUUGGAAGCUGGAAAUUUCGCAUGCUUAUUGAUUACCGCCAUUAGCUCUUAUUCGACUUAUUUUUUAUAUUAAUUAAGAGCGUUCAAUGCCAAACAAAUGUAUAAAUUUGUAUGUUGUGUGACAAAGUACAAUUAUACUCUGGACGUAAAACUUUCAAUCCAAAAGAUCCCCUCGAUUGGACGAACAUCGAACAUGUCACCUGGUAAUGGUUAAAGUCCUUGCUUUUCCGAUUGGAUCACCACGACUAUUAUAUUUGUGGAUAAAUUUAGAUUUUUGUGUGUAACAGUUGGUGUAUAACCAAAAAAUAAUGAACCAGUUCUACAAUAGAGGUAAUAAACCAUAAAGGACGAUUGUCGCUGCGGUUCCCUUUGUUCUCGUUCCCAAACAUGUAGGAUACACAACUGUCAAAUCGUACUGAUUUUUUGUUUGACAUUUAACGCCCUAUCCUCCCCAGCAAAAGAUGUUUCACCAGUGACGACAGCGAUAAACUUCCUCUAUAGUUGAUUAUCUCUAUUAGUUCUACGUACUACAAUUGAAGCUACAUACGGCCACUUCACAAACUUCCGAUAAAUCAACAAAAAGUGCGUCUAAAUAUGUAGUUUUUCAAACGAAUAAAUUUUUGCCACAAUAAGUAUUUAUUGGCGAGUGUUCAAGAUGCAUUUUAUCAUAUUUCAUUUCAUUUCAAAAUAUAGGAAUCAAUUUCCAAUAUCAUCGUUUUUUCACUAUCAUUUGUGAUCAGCGCCGGAAAAAAAUCUCUAAAAUAAGAGGAAGUUGCCUUCUAUAUUUUGUUUUUGAUAGGCUUAAUAUGGGGGGUAUGAGAUAAAUUUAAAAAUACAAGCUGCGAUAACAAAAUUUGAAACUCUUCGGCCAAGACCUGUAUGAUAACUCAUUAAAGUCCAUCCCGUUAGAUUUACACUGCUUUACAAAUAAAAAAAAAGCGAAUUAUUACGUCCAAGUUGAACAAUCACUUAUUGAACGUAAGGCAUAACAUUAUCAGAACAUUCCAUAAUUCUUUUUUUAUAUUUGUACGUUUCAAACGAUCAAUGGUAGAUCUUCUAUAGGUGAAUAUUUCAACACCUUGCCUCGGAACAAUUUCCGCUUCGUCCUACAAUGCCCAAUUAUUGUUGAAUUAUUUAACCACGCUCAUCAUUGUUUCUGUAUGUGCUAUGUAAAAUAGCGUGUUUGUCUAAAAUAUAUUUCAUACAUCGGAAAAUGUAUAACAAAGAAUAAAUUAUUGUUAACUAUUUCUCUUUGAAAAAAUAUAUAACUGAGAGCUAUUGAUGAAAUAAAUAAUAAGUGAAUAUAAAAAAACUCCUUUAA